AUGAAAUUCCUUCUCAUCCUUCUUGCCGUCGUUGUCGUCGUCGCCGGCACCCAACAGGAUCGCGCUGAACGACGUUGCGGAACUGAGCUCUACAAUGUGCUGAAGAAGAUCUGUGUACACGGAAUCCAACCAACUCAGAUGAAGGCGUCAGACAUGUGCUGCUUGAAUCGUUGUACAUACAAAUCAUUAUACGAGGUGUUCUGCAAGAAGGAGCCAAAGACAAUUCUCAAUAUGUGA